AUGAAAACAUGUUUUGUAAACACUAAAUCGGAUCCAUCAAAUAAAACUGCAAACAGAGUUUUUAGUGUUUUGGUUGUUGACUCUCGACCGAAAUUUGAAGGUAGACAAAUGCUAACCAGAUUGUUGAAAGCAGGAAUACCAUGUGAAUAUACACAUAUUGGUGCAUUGCCAAGUGUUGCAAAUAAGAUAUCUCUAGUUAUUCUGGGCGCCCAUGCUCUUCUUAGCAAUGGCUACGUACUAGGUCGUAUGGGGAGCGCUCAAGUAGCUAACAUUGCAGCCUCUAUUUCUCAUGCUCCAACAAUAGUCUGUGCUGAAACUUACAAAUUUUGGGAGCGCGCCCAUUCUGAUGCAUUCGAGUAUAACGAACUUGGAGAUCCUGACGACAUUUGGCGAGGUCCACGAGGUACAUCACCAGACUAUAAAAAGGGCAUUCCUGGUUUCGGUCCAACUGGACUUCCAGAUAGAAUUGAAUCUUCUACAACUGAUUUGAGUGAAUGGCGUUCAAAUUAUAGUCUUAGACUGUUACAUUUAGAAUAUGAUGUGUUACCGCCUACAUUGGUUACAGCUGUAGUAACUGAAAAGGGCACCUUACCUACAACCUCUGUUCCUGUAGUCCUGCGAGUAAAACAAGCUUCUAUAACCAACGUGUAA